AUGGACGACAACCAGCAUGGCCAGAAUAACCAGGUUGCAUUGAAAAUCGGACUCAUUGGCGAUUCCCAGAUAGGCAAGACGUCCUUGAUGGUUAAGUACGUGGAGGGCUCGUUUGACGAAGACUAUAUCCAAACACUAGGAGUCAAUUUCAUGGACAAAAAGAUCCAGAUCAGAAACACAACUAUCACCUUCUCAAUAUGGGACUUGGGUGGACAGAAGGAAUUCAUCAACAUGCUUCCUCUUGUAUCCAAUGAUGCCGUAGCUAUCCUUUUCAUGUUUGACUUGACGAGAAAAUCAACUUUAAACUCCAUCAAGGAGUGGUACAGACAAGUGCGCGGGUUCAAUAAAACGGCGUUGCCUUUUCUUAUAGGAACCAAAUACGACCAGUUCAUAGACUUAUCGUAUCAGGAUCAAGUCGAAAUCACCCUGCAGGCCAAGAAGUUUGGCAGGGCCAUGAAAGCUCCGGUCAUUUUCUGUUCUACCAGUCAUUCCAUCAAUGUUCAGAAGAUCUUUAAGAUCAUCUUGUCUAAGGCGUUUGACUUACGUCUCAAUUUGGACGAAAUCAACAAUAUCGGGGAACCUAUUCUUCUCUACAAAUAG